AUGACUGGCAAUAUCAUUUUCUAUGGGAGAAUCGUACACAGCAAAUCGCUCAAAUGUCUCCAAAUCUUUACCAAAGCAGCAUUAGGCAUCAACCACCAUGGUGAAAUCGAGUUCCUCGACGAAAAUGUGGCAUCGGGUGAAGAGGCUGCGCUGAAAUAUACCGGGUUUGGAGAUGCGAAAAUAAUGACGCUUAAGCCACUUCAAUUUCUGUUCCCGGGGUUUAUUGACACGCAUAUGCAUGCACCUCAAUGGCCUAACUUCGGGAUCGGGAUGGAAGGUGAUAACCUGUAUUGGCGAGAAAACUUUACCGAUCCGCUCGAAGUUACCUUUAAAGACACAGACAAGGCGCGGCGAGUGUACAGCCAGGUGGUCCAGAAGGAGCUAGAAAACGGAUCGACAACGGUGGCUUACAACACGACGAUCCACCACGAGGCCACAACGGUUCUGGCGGACUUGUGUCUCCAGUACGGACAGCGCGCCAUCAUUGGCAAAAUCUGCAUGCUGGUCAAUGCCACCCACGGUAAUUCUGAGGCCUCGGUUGAACAAUCUCUUGAGGACGCGAGCAAGACAAUUGCCUAUAUUGAGACAGUUGAUCCCGACGCCCGGCUGCUAUCACCCUGUGUCGAACCCAGAGGUGGAUCUUUUGUGCCCGGAGCCCUGAUGAAGGGGCUAGGGGACCUGUGUUCUCGUCGCAAGGAUGGGCGUCUGUAUCAUGUCCAAACCCACAUGGCCGAGACCACGCAGGAUGUCGCUCGCAUGAGAAAGCUACAUCCGGACUUUCACCAGUACUCGGACAUGUACCAUCACUACGGUCUGCUGCACCAGAAAACCAUUCUCGCGCACUGCGUGCACCUAUCCGAUCACGACAUCGACAUGAUUGCCCAGAAUAACGCCGGGGUGUCCCAUAACCCAAAUUCCAACACAUGCUUGACGGCGGGAGAAUGCAGGGUGAGACAAUUGCUGAACUCUGGGGUGAAAGUCGGUCUGGGGACGGACUGCUCGGCCGGAUAUUCUCCAUCCAUUCUGAAUGCGAUGCGCGAAGCAAGCAAUGUAUCCAGGCACCUCGUUAUCCGCACCGGCGACCCUUCAUGGCGGCUGUCGAUCGAGGAGAUUAUUUUCCUAGGCACUCUGGGUGGCGCCCAGGUUUGUGGCAUGGAGGACAAGAUUGGCAACUUUGAGCCGGGCAAGUGUUUUGAUGCAUUGCUAAUCGACGUUGGCUUGAAAGAUAAUAUCAACUCCGAUGGUUGGGAGCAUGAUGAUCUUGCAUUGGUGAAGAAAUGGGUGUUCCUGGGCGAUGACCGGUCGAUUCGGCUGGUGUGGGUGAAUGGCCAGCUGGUGGCUGGAAAAGACAAAUGUUGA